AUGACGUUCAUAGAUCACAUAUCUUCCGAUCUGCUUGGGCCAUGGUCUUUGCAGAGUGUGGCCGUCGCUAUCGCAGCAUUGGGUCUUCUCAUGUACUUAUGGAUAUUUAUCGACUUUCAGAAAUAUCCCGACGUACCGACUCUCAGGCUUUCUUCCAAGCCCUGGAUCUGGGGAGCCAGGGAAGAUGCCAAGUUAUGGGUUACGGACGCGCUCUCUGUACUGCUUACUGGUUACGAGAGAUAUUCUAGCAAAGGACAGAACUAUUUGGUAACCAGACCGGAGGGUAAAUUGAUGGUUGUGGCACCACGAUUCAUCGAAGAGGUCCGACGUGCACCAGAGACUCACGUACAGAACCUGCCGGCAAACAACGAACUGACACAACUGCGAUAUACCCUUCACCCAAAGAUGACUUAUAACCAAUUCCACCAUGAUAUACCUUUGCGCAAAAGUCUGACCGAGAGCCUGGGUCCGAAGCUACCUGACAUCGUUGAGGAGGCAAAACUGACCCUGAACGCACGAUCAAACUCAUUAGUAUUAACAGAAUGGGUGUCGUACAAAAUGUAUCCACUGGGAUUCCAGAUCGUCACACGUACUGCUAAUAGGCUCCUCUUCGGCAUCGAGCUUACUCGUAAUGCCGAAUUUGAGCAGUUAUCGAUCAACUACGCUGGUAUCUUGUUUGGAGGUGCCGAAAAGAUUCGUUCCUACCCGAGCUUUCUGAAGCCCUUGAUCAUGUGGUACGCAACGGAUAUCCAUAGAACUCAACGCGAGGCGAGUAAGCACCUGGCUCCGGUGAUUGAAAAAAGAAUUCAAGAGGAAGAUAAGUAUGUCGCUGCAGGGAGCCACGAUGAGUGGAAAAAGAGGAAGCCGGAGGACGUGAUUCAGUGGGUCUUGGAUGUGGCACCUCCGGAAGAUCGACGUGUGGACCACUUGGUGUACAGAAUGCUACACAUCAAUGUCGGUGCUAUUCACACCAGCAGCAUCUCGUUCUUGGAGACCAUAUACUUCUUGGCCAUUUAUCCUCAGUAUCACCAGGAUUUACGCGACGAAAUUGAGUCGGUUUUCAAGCAAGAAAAAGCCUGGACCAAGCAAGCACUCACCAAUCUCAAAAGACUCGAUAGCUUCAUUACUGAAGCGUUGAGACUGUGCCCUUUUACGGCGCUGAAAUUGCAGCGGUGCACCGUUCAGGACUGGAAAAUGAGUGAUGGCACCGUGAUUCCCAAAGGAGUUCACUUUUGGUGUAAUUACUUUGCCAUGAGCCAAGACGAUGCCUUCUGGGAGAACGCCAAAACGUUUGACCCUUGGAGAAUGUACCGGCUUCGCCAGCAACCCGGGCAAGAAAAUCAGCAUCAAUGGGUUAUGACCACCUCCACGAACCUGACAUUUGGCCACGGGAAACACGCUUGUCCAGGCCGUUUCUUCGCCGCAAAUGAGAUCAAGACUUUACUCGCCUUGAUCAUUAUGAACUAUGACAUACGAUGCCGAAAUUUGCAAGGUGGCUUGGAAGCCAUUGUCCGCGGUGACUGGACGAACCAGUCGAAAGACCCUAUCAAGUACCCGGUUAUGGACUUCAGAUAUCGAGAAGACGAUAUCCCUAAGGAUAUCCGUUAUCUAUUCACAGAAAUCUAG